AUGUGCGUGCGAGUGCGAGGAGUGCUAGCAGGGAGACUUACACUUUUAUCUAGUCCUAGAAGACUGCGGAAGAAGGGUGCACCAUUUACACACGUCUCAGUAGAUGUUUGGGCUCAGACUCGCAGACAUCCUGAGUCCUCGGUAUUCACCGCUGGCGGAUCCAUGCCAGAAAGGACGUCGCCGUCGACUACGGGACCCGGGCACGAACUCGACCGGUGCCAGGCCCCGGGCCUCCCUUGUACAGCGCGGGCUCGCAGAGGUUACAUCGUGCGUCCCGGGCCUUCCUUGUACAUCACGCCACUGCGCCGCAGCAAGGCGGAGCGCGGGCUCGCAGACGCUACAUUGUACGAUCUAGAGGCAAGGACAGCGACUGUUUGGCAACAUUAUCUGCUAGCCUCAGGACUCCCUCAGGGCCAAAGUAAUAAAACAAGAAGGGAAAGCCGGGGCACCCUACCAAAGCUGCGACGGGGCGGUGAAGCGACUCGACGCCCCCAUGACAGCCGUCCCCGGCCUCCCCGAUUUGGAAUUUGCCCAUCUUGGUAUCUCGGCGCCGGACCGGGCAAGUAUAAGAUCAAGGCGACGUUCCUAUGGCUACUACAUACCCCCUCAUCGCCAGACCUCCUCCUCACCGCAAUGCUCAGGCAAGCACUCCGCGCAACCCGCCCGCGCCUCAGCGGCCGCAGCAUGGCGACGGCGUCCCACGGCCAGGUCAUGGACCUGGAGGCCAUGGGCCGGACCAUGCCGCCCAACCACAAGGCGCGCGUGGGGCUGCUGGACACGUUCGAGCUGCCGGCCGAGGUCAGGGGCACGGCCGGCGACCGGGCCAUGGGCAAGGCCAUCGUCGAGUCGUGGCGGCGCAACGGCAUCCUGCAGAUCGCCAUGAGCCCGGCCCAGGAGGCCGUAUACGCGGCGGCGCAGCAGGCGAGCGAGCGCUUCUUCACCAAGCCGCCGAGCGAGAAGCACGCGUGCGCCGACCCGCAGAGCUACUCGGGCUACAUCGCGAGCGGCGAGGAGAUCACCGACGGCGUGGCCGACUACUCGGAGAUUUUCACCGUCACCAAGGACUUGCCGCUCGACGACCGCCGCGUGCUCGACAAUUGGCCCUGCCACGGCCCCUGCCCGUGGCCCGACGCCGACGUGCGCGAGCCCAUGCGGCGGUACAUGGACUACCUCGACCAGAGCGGCGAGAAGCUGCUGAAGCUGACCGAGUACGGGCUCGGCGUUCCUGAGGGCUCGCUCACGAACCUCACGCGGGACGGCUGGCACCACAUGCGCAUUCUCAGCUUCCAGGCCGUGUGUAAGCCGCUGCCGGGCCACGAGGCCGGCCAGGAGCCGCGCGACGGCAUCCACUACGGCACGCACUUCACAAACAUGUUCCUGCGCAACUACCCGGACCGCAUCACUACCCAGCGCCUGCUGGCCGAGGGCCGCCAGCGCAAGCUCUCCGAGCCCGCCCUAAGGACCAUGCCGGCGCCUACGGGAAUUCCGUGA